GGCUAUGGAUCAGGGUGCAUCACAAUUAUACGCUAAUAUAUCAUUCAUUGUACACGUGUUGUCUGUAAAAGUGAAUGUUUUCCCACCGCGUUUUACAAAACAUCCAGCUCUUUUUAGUGGAUGGAUACAAGAAAAUCAGCCUUCUGGAAGUUUUGUUUAUUCAGAACGUAGUCUAAAAUCUAAGCUGAAGUUAGAUGCAAUGGAUUCUGAGGGUUUAAAUGUUUUCUAUACUAUAAUCGGCGGUUCAGGAUUCGGUUUGUUCAAUAUAGACAACGAUGGUUAUGUAUACAGCAUGAGAGAACUAGACGCUGAGGCUGUACAAGAUGAAGACGGAUAUUGGUUGGUUGUUUACGCUGUGGAAUCUUUUCAUCAUGCGAGACGAUCGAGAUCUAAUCCUCAAAUGUUGCGAAUCGACAACAAGCUUACAUAA